AAAAAAAAAAAAAAAAGCUAUUCAUGCUGGAGUAUUGAUGAUGAAUUGAGGAGUCUCACAGUCUUGUGCUACAAUAGCAGAUACUUCUGUAUCUGUUGUCAGUGACUGUAUCUUUGGGCUCUCUGCAGACAAUCUCACUUCACUGGUGUCACAGAUGCUCUGUAGAUGUACCAGUGAUGCUCUGGUACUUUUAAUCGCCUUCUUGCCCUGGCACUCUGACCUACUCCUCCUGCCCCUCCCACAUCCAUAUGAUUGACAGUUGUCCAUCAUAGUCGCCCCCCUCCUCCCCAUCCCAUCUGUCAUAUUAAAGCCCUGUUCCCCCCUUUUGUGGUCUCAGUUUCUCCACCUGAUCCUCACACACUGGGAUGGACUGCAGUACUUACGAGCUGGACACCCUGGAGGUUCCUCCUCUCACCCCCACCAGUAAGGAGGUCCUCAGCCAGGCAGUGAAGGCCAGUUUUGCUGGAUUUGCUCAGGAAAGAAUCAACCAUCAAUUCCCACAGGAUCUGACCUUGUGGUCUGAGUGGGAGGUGAACUACUGGCUGGACUGGUGCCAGGCUGAGUUCGGUCUCCACGGCCUGGGUACAGACCUGAGAUGCCUGCAGGGAGGUGAGCUGUGUGGCCUGGACAGAGAGGCUUUCCUGGGCCUCAUGUCCGACCGUACUGCAGGAGAGAUCCUGUGGGAGCAUCUGGAGGACAUGAGGAGAGAGAAUGAAUAUGACUGCACGUCUUCAUUACCAACAUGUACAGUACCGCCCUACUGCCAGCUUCAACUCAUCAAAGAGAACUACUCAGACUAUGUUCAGGAGCAUUCGGACAGACACAAUUAUCAUGUCCAGUAUCAUCCCACCGAGAGACUGACAGACCUUCACCCGCUGGACCCCGUGACUAUAGAACAUCACAACUACUAUCUGAUCAAAACAGAAGAUCCCAGCAGGAAUAUGGCCACAGCUGCUCUGCUGCAGGAAACAGGAGGAAUUGGAGAGACGGACUCAGAAGUGGAGAUUGUUCACAGUGAUGACUCUGACAUUGUGGGAUCUCUGUCGUGGACUGCACCGCUCCAGGACGCAGAGCCAGUGAUGGAGGAGACUAUGUCUGAAGAUCUCUUCACUUUACCACAACCACACAGGAGCUUCAAGGAAUAUGUUGGUAACAAAACAGAUCUGGGCAGAGCUGUGAUACCAGCGGCUAUCCUCGCUGGUUACACUGGAAGUGGCCCCAUCCAGCUGUGGCAGUUUCUACUGGAGCUUCUCACAGACCACAGCUGCCAGUCGUGUAUAAGCUGGACAGGAGAUGGGUGGGAGUUUAAGCUGACAGACCCUGAUGAGGUGGCCCUGCUGUGGGGUCGGAGGAAGAACAAACCCAAGAUGAACUAUGAGAAGCUGAGUCGUGGUUUACGAUACUACUACGACAAGAACAUCAUCCGCAAGACGGCAGGCAAGCGCUACGUUUACCGCUUUGUCUGCAACCUGCAAGGCCUGCUGGGAUACGAGCCUGGGGAACUGCACGCCAUGUUGGACAUCAGAAACAAAAGUCACUAAUUACCUCAACGAACACUGGCAGGAGCAAAACCACACUUGUUAAAGCCGAUCCAUCAGUUUAUAUCUCUGUGUGUGUGUACAUGUGAGAGGAUGCUGAGAAGUUCUGAGCCUUAACAUGUGAAAUGUAGCACUUUAUCUUGACUGUUGUGACUGUC